AAGAAUUACCCCACACCUGCCAUCAAUUUCACCUGACUGUUAGUUUCAUUUAGUUAGUUAGCUAACCUCUAGCUCCCGAGAAUGGAGAAGGUGGCUUACAGUGUAUUUGAAUGGGCUAGCUAGCCUCUCGAGCAGUACCAGUGGCUAAUUAACUAACUAGUGGAUACGUGACAGAUCCCUCGUUCACGAAAUACUUCCAUAACAUCCAUAAAAACCGGAUAACAGCCCUGCUCAGUUCAAGAUGCUCACCUACGGACUACAUUUCCUCCAGCGUGUUGUUGUGUUUACGCUUUACGACUGCAGAGCUUGAGUUUGAUUGGUUACUGGGCCGUUUUACGACAGGUACGACAGACUUCUAGACAUGUUUUGUGGUUAUCAAGAAGGGGAUUUUCUGUUGCCUAAAGGCGGAGCAAAGCUAGCCUCUCUCUUUGAUCUGGAUCAGGCUGCCAGUCAGGGCAACGAGUCCUUCCAGUUCAGAGCCCCCAAACAGCCGAAGAAAACCCCCACCGCUCUGAGCCCAUCUCCUCAAAAGCCUGCACCAACUCCUUCUGUCCUUUUGGCUACUGCUGUUCAUGCAUUCCACUUUGUGAAUGGCCAGUACACAAAACAGGGGAAGGUGGGAGCUGCUAUCCUGGGAAAUCAUCCAACCAGAGAGUACAUGAUCCUGCUUUAUGGCAGCCAACAGAAACCAAUCACAACUGCCAAGAUCCAUCUAGGAUUCAGCUUCACAGUUCAGCCAGGUAACUAUGGAACAUUCUACGAUGACCAGAGGCACAACUGGUCCCUGAUGUUUGACUCUGAGAAAGCUGGAGUGGACUUUUGCAAAGAGCUGUGUGUGGCCAGAUGGAACAGUGAGACCACAGUAGAUACACUACUGACCCAGGACCUGCUGUUAGGAGAGGGACAGGCGGUGGACUAUGGUGACACGGUAGAGGUGACCUUCACAGGCUGGCUUCUACAGAACCACAACAUCGGACAGAUGUUUGACUCCAACGUGGGCAAAGACAAGCUGCUGAGAGUGAAACUUGGCACUGGUAAAGUCAUUAAGGGAUUGGAGGACGGGAUGUUAGGGAUGCAGAAAACUGGGCGUCGCCUCCAUAUUGUGCCCCCCACUCUAGGCUAUGGGUCAAAGGGCAUCCCCAACCGCGUCCCCUCCUCCAGCACACUGGUCUACAAUGUGGAGAUCCGCCGGGUGAAGUUUGCUAAGGACAGUGGGUCGGAGCGACAGAGUGGGGGAUUAACCACCAACUCCCCCUCCCCAAGUGUGGACAGUCUGGGCUUUGGGAUGUCCCCUCAGUCUCAGCCCCCCACCUCUAUCCCAGCAGAGCCCAGGGGAAAGCCUCUGAAUGUCAAAUCCAAUUCAAGAAACGAGCAACUGAUGCAGCUGGAUACAGCCAAAGCCAAGUUGAUCUCUCAUAUGGCCAAGAUGGGUCAGCCCAUCCUGCCCUUCCCAACAGGAGCCAUCCCCGCCCAGCCAGACCACAGUGACUCCAAGACAGAGGUGGGCUCCAUAGACCUAAGUGAAUCUCACCCUUCACAUCACUGUCUGCUCCCCCAGCCAGUUCAGAUGUCAGCUGCACCCCCUGUCCAUGCAGUGCCUGAGGUCGUUGUGCCAACUGCUGCCCAGCAACCAGUGUUUAUGGAGACAGUGGUCCCACAGGCUGUGGACUGUGGUGGAAGCAGUCAUGCCUUCCAGCCGUACCCAUCCUUUCAGUCUGCCUUUGGUCUGUCCUACCUUGGCCAGUUCCACCCUCAUCAUGCAGUUUCAUACCAGGCACCUAGUGAUGUCACUUCCUUCUUGAUGACGGAGGUGCGACAGCACAACACUGAGAUCGAACAGGCUGUGGGGAAAGUGGCAGAUAAAAUCAAUCUGUUGGUCUCCAAGGUGGAUGAGCUCCAGAAGCAUGGUGGCGGCAACUCUCUGGGUCUGUCCUCGGUGUCCAUGGAAACAGCCAUGAGCCUGCACAACAUCCAGAGAAUCACCCAGGAGAACUUGUUUCUAAAGGAGGUGGUUCUGAAGAAGAGCACCCGAGUGGAGGAGCAGAACUGGAAGAUCAGAGAACUCCUCGAGCAGAACCAGAGAUGGUGUGUGUGUGACAGGUGUAUGGAGCAGAGUGCUUUACUGUUGGAACAGAGGAAAGAUGUGCUGAAGACCAGCAACCAACAGGACCAGACCAGCCUGCUGGAAGCAGAGCAGGACAAGCCGCACCUGACAGAGUACCUAGCCGCCUCCUCCACCCUGGUCUCCAAGCUUCAGCUGGAGUCCUCCUCUCUGCAGUGCUCUGUCUCUGACCUGCAGACCCAGCUCAGCCAAGCCCUGCAAGACAGGGAGAGCCACUCUACUCAGUUCGACUCAUUAGAGAGACUAGUAGAAGGGCUAAGGAAGGGAGAGGGGAGGGCGCAGGCCCAGUGGCGUACAGAGAAACUGAAACGUAAAGAGAUGCAGCUGAGAAUCGCCAACACGGAGGAGGAGCUACAGGGCCUGAGGGCUGGGAAAGGCAACCUGGACAAGAUGCUGUUGGAGAGGAAGAGGAGGUGGCAGUGUGAGCAUCAGCAUCUGUCUGAGGAAGUGGAGGAGGCGAGGAGGAGCAGCCAGAGGGAAACUGACCACCUGAGGGCCAGGCGAGGAGAAGUAGAGCAGGGGGCCAGGCGAGGAGAAGUAGAGCAGGGGGCCAGGCGAGGAGAAGUAGAGCAGGGGGCCAGGCGAGGAGAAGUAGAGCAGGGGGCCAGGCGAGGAGAAGUAGAGCAGGGGGAACAGGUGGUGCUGGAUGUGGACUGGCAGCAGGGUGGGUAUGAGAAGGAACUACAUAGCCGUGAGCUAGCAGAAAUCACACAGCAGAGAGACAUUCUGGCCAGGACACUGUCAGAACUACAGGAACAGUAUAUGGCAGCACAGAGCAGGGCAGAGACCUCCAGGAAGCAGCUAGAAAUGCUAUUGGUUGAGCAGGAGAAGAGGCAUGCCCAGCAGCCCAGUCAGGAUGCAAUGGCAGAACAGGUGAAGAGAGUGAUGAACAGAUUGUUCCAUUCUCUGAGAGGGGAGUUCGGCCUGCACCAGUCAUACCAAGGAAGCGAUGUUCUAGGAGUCAUGCUAAGCACCAUCAAGAGUGUCACCCUGGAUCUGCUAACAGCCCACAAUCCAGAGGAAGAAGACAAGGUGGAAGAGGAGAAAUGGACAAAAGCUGUGGAGCAAAAUAGGAGGGUUGAUGAUGAUAAAGAGAUGAAUCGAUCAAUACAAGAAAAAGAGGACAGUGGAGUUACUCAGACAGCCUGGACCUCUAUUGUUAGGGCCUUGUGGUCUGAGGCUCAAGUGGAGGAUGAGUCCAUCAAUUCAGAAGGCCUAGAAAACAAAGCUGAAGACACACCAAGUACAUCCAGAGAAGAAACGCCUUCUAAGACUGGCUCAGAGAAUGGCCUAACGCCAUCAUCUCUCAUGGUUCUUAUUGAGGAAAUGUCUUGUCAAAUACAGCCUCUCGCAGUCCAAAUUGACCAAUCAAAGCAGAUGGAAGUUGUACCUCCCCCACCAUUGUAAAAAAAGAUUUUGGAAGCUAUACAAAUGCAUUUAUUAAUGUCCACAUUCAUUGCCAUGUUUAUUCUUUUUUUUAAAACAUUUUUAUUUAACUAGGCACAUCAGUUAAGAACAAAUUCUUAUUUACAAUGACGGCCUACCCUGGCCAAACCCUAACGACGCUGGGCCAAUUGGCACUCUCAAUCACGGCCGGUUGUGACACAGCCUGGAAUCGAACCAGGGUCUGUAAUGACGCCUCUAGCACUGAGAUGCAGUGCUGCGCCACUCAGGAGCCCCUAUUACAAACACCUUAUUUGGGUUUGAGUUAACAAUAUUAACUUUUGAAAGUGAGAUUUUCUUGGACAGUAUAACACAUUCAGUAUAUUUCUGUUCAGGGCAGCUACAAAAAACGUUUUUUUUUAAACACUCUUCCCUACAACUUCAUAAAACAUUUGUUUUUUGUCUUGUAGUUCAGGAAUUCAUGUCUGAAUUAAAUUAUCAAAACGAA